AUGAAAAGAUGUUCUCAUGUCCUCAACACUGCUAAUGGGGUAGCUAUCGGUGAAUCAACCCUUCCAAUUUGGAAGGAACACUUCAAGACCUUGCUGAACCGGCUAACACCGUCAGUUCCUGAACUCGAACACGUUCAUAGACCGACAUAUGCGGUUAACGAGGAGCCACCGACCGAGUCGGAGGUCCUGGUCUGUAUUCAGAAAAUGAAGAAUGGAAAAUCUGGUGGAGACGACGGGAUUAGCGCAGAAAUGCUAAAAUAUCUUCCUCCGUCUGGGAUUCGUGAAAUGACAAAGAUCAUCCGUUCAAUAUGGAUAAACGAAAAGAUACCUGAUUCAUGGAGACACGCUAUCAUAAUUCCCCUCCACAAGAAGUUAUCCGUCACGGACCCAAGGAAUUAUCGAGGAAUCUCCUUGCUGCGUAUUAUGUACAAGGUACUGGAGCGCAUUGUCCUGGACCGACUCAUUAAACAUCACGAAGAAACAACGCGCGACGAGCAAGCUGGCUUUCGUCCUGACCUAUCUACGAUUGACCAGGUGUUCAUCGUCAGGAGAGUGAUCGAAAUCUGGCAGCGGUAUUCGAAGCCAAUGCAACUAGCGUUUCUGGACUUUGAAGCCGCGUUCGACUCUCCUCACCGAGGCCGUUUUCUCAACGCGCUUCGCGCCGAUGGAGUACCAGGAAAGUUCGGUCGCUUGCUUGAUGACAUGAAUCAACGAACAACUGCUGCAGUUCGAACACCAGCCGGAUGUACAACACCGUUUGAAGUGGUAACUGGAGUAAGACAAGGGGCGGUGGCAGGACCCUUCCUGUUCAAUUUCGCCAUCGACGACAUUAUGCGAAGAACAGUCGACCAGUGUCCUGCCGACAUUGUCUUAGCAGCAUCAGGGUGCUCCUUGACUGACCUCGAGUACGCCGACGAUGCUGUUAUAUUCGCGGAAAGCAGUACGAAACUUCAACAUGUUGUCAACCUUGUAUCGAAGCUGGCUGCAGCCUACGGACUACGCCUACGCCCUGAUAAAUGCAAGCGGAUGUGGAUCUCUUCGAGACCUCGAAUGGGAAUCAGGGUGGACGGACAACCGAUAGAACUCGUCGAUGAGUUCUUUCUUGUUCUCUAUGCUGAAGAACAACGGCAGCUACGAGAGAGAUGUUCAGCAAAGAUGCGCUAA